AUGGGAGACCAACAGCAUAGGGGAACUGUAUGCGUAACAGGAGGAACGGGAUAUAUUGGUUCAUGGCUAAUUAUGAGGCUACUUCAACAUGGUUACACUGUUAGAGCCACUAUUCGACCCGAUGACCCAACUGCAACUGACAUUAGCUUCCUUACAAGCCUACCAGGAGCCUCAGAGAAGCUGCAGAUCUUCCAUGCAGAUCUGAACCAACCGGAGAGCUUCAAUGCAGCCAUUGAAGGGUGCAGUGGGGUGUUCCAUGUGGCUCAUCCCGUCACUAUAGUCGACGAAGAGCCCGAAGAAACGCUAACCAAAAGAGCCGUCGACGCUGCCCUAGGCAUACUAAAAGCCUGCAUAGCUUCAAAGACUGUGAACAGGGUUGUCUACACCUCUAGCUCAGCUGCUGUUUCGUUUAGUGAAAUCGGUCAACAAGUGGCGGACGAGAGUUCAUGGUGUGAUGUCGAGUCGUAUAGGUCUCAAAAUCUCAUGGGACUUUCCUAUGUAGCUGCCAAGACCAAGUCAGAAAAGGCAGUGUUAGAAUUUGGAGAGAGAUUUGGACUUGAUAUUGUCACCUUAAACCCUUCUUUGGUUAUAGGUCCAUUUAUUUGCCCCACUCUUCCAGGAUCCGUGGCAUUGGGACUCACCAUGAUUUUAGGUGACCGAUAUAAUAUGUACAAGUACCUUCUAAGAAUGAAUAUGGUACACAUAGAUGAUGUGGUUAGUGCACAUAUAUUUCUUUAUGAAAAUGCUAGCGCUAAGGGGAGGUACAUUUGUUCAUCGGACGAACUUUCACUGACUGGAAUGUCUGAAUUUCUUUCUGAAAAAUACCCAAAUUUUCAAAUUCCAAAAAAAGAAUCCUUUGAGGGCAUUGAAGGUUAUACAAUAUGUGCCCUCUCAUCUAGGAAGCUAUUGGAUUCUGGAUUCAAGUUCAAGUUUGGCCUUGAUGAUAUGUUCGAUGGAGCAAUUCAAUCUUGCAAAGAGAAGAAUAUUCUUUAA